CACGGGCGAGUGUGCGCUUUAAAAGUCCACGAAGGAGCCGGAGAGGCGCCUCCCCUUCGGAAGGAAAAGGCGGGAGAGAAGGAGGAGGAGGAGGAGGAGGAGGGCGAAGGGGAAGAAGGAGAAGAAGAAGAAGAAGGAGCAGGAGGAGAGCAGCAGGAGGAGAGCAGCGCUUAGAAAAAAGCGUUGGCACAUGACAGCGAUGUAUAUAUAAAGCCCUGACACGUCGAAGAGAGAGAGAGAGAGAGAGUAGUGGGGAAGAGAGAGAGAGAGAGGGAGACGGGAGAGAGAUGCCCCUGUGAGGCUCCUGCUGGAGGGGAGUGGGCUCUCCGGCCUCGGCAUGGCUCUCCUCCUCCUCCUCCUCCUCCUCGUGGGUCUGCCCGCCUUGGCGGUCCCGCUUGCGGAGGAGUCCGAGGUGGUGACUCCGCUGCGCCUGGAUCGGGACCCUUCCGCCCGACGCCAGCCUUUCCAGCCCUCGCAAGACGGGGACGCUUCUCCCCCCGAGGUGGUCUUCCAGCUCCGCGCCUUCCGCCAGGACUUCUCCCUCCGCCUCAGGCCGGACUCGCGCUUCCUGGCUCCCGCGUUCGUGGCGCAAUACCUGGGCGCCACCCCCAGCUCCGCGCCCCCGGACCUGCGCCACUGCUUCUACUCGGGCGACGUGAACGCGGAGCUGGACUCCUUCGCCGCCCUGAGCCUCUGCGGGGGGCUGACCGGGGCUUUCGGCGUCCGCGGGGAGGAGUUCCUCAUCCGCCCGCUGCGGGAGCCCGGCCUGGGCGGGGGGAACCGGGCGCGGUGGGUCGAGCCCGGGCAGCACCUGCUCCAGCGGCGCCCCCCACUCGCCGCGCCCGCCUCCCGCUGCGGGGUGGCCUCGGGACUCAACGCCGGCGCCCUCCGCGCCCUCGAGCAGUACAAGCUCUCCCGGGAAGGGGAGCCCCUCCAACCCCUCCAGCCCUCGCUCUCCUCCUCUCCUCCUCCUCCUCCUCCUCCUCGCCCCCGCGCCAAGCGCUUCGUCUCCCUCCCGCGCUUCGUGGAGACGCUGCUGGUGGCCGACGAGUCCAUGGCGCUCUUCCACGGCGCCGACCUGACGCACUACCUGCUGACCCUCAUGGCCACCGCCGCCCGGCUCUACCGCCACGCCAGCCUGGGCAACGCCAUCCAGCUGGCCGUGGUCAAGCUGCUGGUCAUCGGGCGCGAGGACAAGGGCCCCAAGGUCACCGGCAACGCCGCCCUCACCCUCCGCAACUUCUGCGCCUGGCAGAAGAAGCUCAACAAGGGCAGCGACAAGCACCCCGAGUACUGGGACACCGCCAUCCUCUUCACCAAGCAGGACUUGUGUGGAGCUACAACCUGUGACACCUUGGGAAUGGCAGAUGUUGGCACCAUGUGUGACCCGAAACGCAGCUGCUCAGUCAUUGAAGAUGAUGGCCUUCCCUCUGCUUUUACCACGGCCCAUGAGCUGGGGCACGUGUUCAACAUGCCCCAUGACAACGUGAAGGUCUGUGAGGAGAUCUUUGGCAGGCUGAAAACCAACCACAUGAUGUCUCCCACGCUGAUCCAGAUUGACCGCACCAACCCAUGGUCAGCUUGCAGUGCAGCCAUCAUCACUGACUUUUUGGACAGUGGACAUGGUGACUGCCUCUUGGACCAACCCACCAAACCUAUCCCAUUGCCUGAGGAACUCCCUGGCACCAACUACAACCUCAACCAACAAUGUGAGCUUGCCUUUGGUACGGGCUCCAAACCCUGCCCUUACAUGCAGUAUUGCACCAAGCUGUGGUGCACAGGAAAGGCUCGUGGCCACAUCAUGUGUCAGACACGACACUUUCCUUGGGCUGAUGGCACCAGUUGUGGAGAAGGAAAGUUCUGUCUGAAGGGCAUCUGUGUUGAGAGACAUAACAUCAGUAAGUACCGGGUGGAUGGCAAUUGGGGGAAAUGGGCACCUUAUGGCCAGUGCUCCCGGACCUGUGGUGGAGGGGUCCAGUUGGCCAAGCGCGAAUGCAACGACCCAUCUCCCACUAAUGAAGGGAAGUACUGUGAAGGGAUUCGAGUUAAAUACCGCUCCUGUGGGCUGGACCCCUGUUCUGAUUCAGUUCCAGGAAAGAGCUUUCGGGAGGAACAGUGUGAAGCUUUCAAUGGUUACAACCACAGUACAAACCGGCUCACUGCCACAGUCUCCUGGGUCCCCAAAUAUUCUGGAGUUUCCCCUCGGGACAAAUGCAAACUCAUCUGCAGAGCCAAUGGAACAGGAUACUUUUAUGUCCUGGCACCAAAGGUUGUGGAUGGUACGCCAUGUUCUCCAGACUCUACCUCACUAUGUGUCCAGGGGAAAUGUAUCAAGGCCGGUUGUGAUGGGAAACUUGGUUCCAAAAAGAAGUUUGACAAAUGUGGAGUGUGUGGAGGAGACAACAAAAGCUGCAAAAAAGUCUCUGGCUUGUUCACCAAACCCAUGCAUGGCUACAACUUCGUGGUGCUCAUCCCAGCUGGUGCUUCUAGCAUUGACAUCAGACAGCGGGGCUAUAAGGGCCUGAUCAGCGAUGACAACUAUCUGGCUGUGAAGAAUGCACAUGGCAAAUACCUCUUGAAUGGGCAUUUCAUUGUCUCAGCUGUAGAAAGAGACCUCAUUGUGAAAGGCAGCGUGUUGCGUUACAGUGGAACGGGGACAGCAGUGGAAAGCCUCCAGGCCUUUAUGCCUGUCCAGGAACCUUUGACUAUCGAAGUGUUGUCUGUUGGGAAGAUGACUCCACCUCGGGUGCGCUACUCCUUCUACUUGCCCAAGGAAAGCAAGGAAGACAAGUCCUUGUACCGGAAGGAUGGGAAGCGCCCUCCGGUCCUCACCAACAGCAUCCUCAGCUUCUCCAAUCGCCUGGACACAGGCCGGCCGGAUUACAAACGGCCCUCUUACAAAUGGGCCACCACCAGCUGGGAAGACUGUUCUGUCACCUGCGGCAAUGGGCUGCAGAAGCGCAUGGUCAUGUGUCGUGACACCCUUGGCCAGCUGGCGUCCGCUUGUGAUGCCACUCAGCGACCCGUCGAUAUCCGGAUAUGCGGAGACCCAUGCCCCACCUGGGAGGUCUCCCCUUGGUCAUCCUGCUCCAAAACCUGUGGCAGGGGGUUCAAAAGGCGGAUGCUGAAAUGCACAGGGCGGGGUGGCAGCCUCUUGCCCCGGGACCGCUGCAACCUCCGGAAGAAACCCCAGGAGCUGGACUUCUGCACCCUGAGGCCAUGCUGACCGGGCUGGACCCAUUUCUGACUUAGGUGUAAUGGUCAGCAUUCUGGUUCUUGAUGAUGCAGUGGUGGAAAGUGUACAAAAUAAAGAUGUUGAAAAGCCUCCGAGGGGAGGAAAGGGAGUUGACUGAAUGGAGGGGCGGGGUCUGUUACAUAGCACAUUUCAAUAAACAAAAGGAUUUAAAGUGGUCAUAAAAAAGAGAGAGAAAGAGGGAGAGUGUGCCAACAAGACAAGGCUGAAUAGUGGGGUUUGGAGGAUCCAGUCACUCAGUGGUAAAGCAGGAAUAAACAACUACCUCGAAGUUGCCAAAUCACCCCAAAUUCCGUUACAGCCUAGUGGUGCAUUCUUGGGGUUUGAGGAGAAAGAAAGGCAAGACCAGAAUUGGGAGAAAUUGCCGUCCACAGAUUGGACCAAAGACAGUCAUUCCUAAGAACUAUGGGCCCGUUUUCCUUCAAAGAAAAAGGGGGCAUCUCUUGUUUUCUGGUGAGAGGGAGGAAGAAGUUUGGUUCCCACCCUCUUGAGCACCCUAGUCUUAAAGUGGACCCUAAAGAAGCACUGUUAACACCUGCAACAAAAUGUAAGGUUGAACAGCUGGUACCACGUGGUACCUCCAAGGGCUACCAGCAAGUGACCCUCAGCCCUGGUGCAUUGCGGGUAUCUUGGCACACAGUUUGCUUGUUCGUUUUGUUUGUUUUUGACUCUUGUGCUUUUAUGAAGGGCUGACAACCAGUCACUGAUUGGUAGCUUUAUUUCUGUUAACAUUUAUGGACCAAACAGUAUACUUCUUUAAAAAAGAAAAGGUGCUUAACCCUGUUUUCUCUUGGACCUCCUUGGUGGAUUUAGUUGCCAAUUUCCCUGUGCCAUACACUGUUUGUGGAAGUACAUUUUAUCCCUCUUCCUUACAAAUGAGAUUGAGAAGGCUCAGAGUCCCUCCCUCCCUUCCUUCCCACAUGCCUUCUAAAUUCGUUGUUUUGUCUGAGUGUCCCACUGUAAAUUUAUGCAAAA